AUGUCUUCAGGCUUGACCCCAGCACAAGCAAGCAAGCCGCUCCGCCUCAUUGACUUACCAGACGAGCUAUGGAGCAAGAUCGGGAAGAUGAUCAUCGACGACGGGCCUAUGGUCAGCAGCUUGCCAUUGGCGGCCAACACGCCUGCCAUCACUCGCACAUGCAAUGCACUCCGCCAAGAGCUGCUGCCGUACUACUACAGGAGCAAAGUCGAUCUUGACGUAAGACCCGGCGAAGCUUUCCAAAUCGCUGGAAAGUGGCUCAACGCCAUCGGAGCUGAGAGCAGGCGUAUGAUCCGAGGAUUGGAGCUGCGUACCCGCGAUGCUUGCCCUACGAAAAUAAAAUUCGAAAGGUCCGCGGACUUUUGGUGGGAGCUUGAGCUUGUCUUGAAGUUCAAGGAGGUCUCAUAUCGGAAUCGCUCUCCGCAAUUGACCGUAUGGGAUAUAGAGAUGGUGUGA